AUGGUCGCAUCCGCCUCCCGCCGCUACCGGCGCGCCCGCGCGCGCGAAGCACAACUCGCCACGCAGAGCGCCGCCGGCCAGCACAACGCGACGCAGUCCCGCAUGCACGCGCUGCCGACCGAAAUCAGCCAACACAUCCUCCGCUACACGCUGACGGACGACCAAAUCACGCACGACCCGACCAACGCGCUGCCGCUGAUCAAGCAGUACCACGUGCUGCGCCGCGUGUGCUGGAAGUGGAACCGCGAGAUGCCGUGGGUGCUGCAGGAGUGGCGCAAGCAGCGCGCGUGCGUCGUCAGCAGGGUCGAGCACCGCGUCGGGUAUCCGCGCAUCGGCCUGCUGGGACCGCCGGAGAGGGAGAGGAGGUGGAUACAGAUGCGGAGUGAGGUGAGGGGGAAGAAGAAGAAGAAGGGGGGCAAGGGCGGCGGAUUGAACGCGGAGGCGCAGGCGAGCCCGGAGAGGCUGAUGAAUGGAGCGGGGUAUCAGGAGAGGGUUGAGGAGAAGCUGGCAAAGUUUAAGAUGAGGAGGAAGAGGAAGCAUCGGAAGUAUAUGAUCAAGAGGGCUAAGUGGGAUGCGGCGGAGCGGAAGGAGUGGGAGGAGGAGUGCAGGAAGAAGGAGGAGGAGCGGAUCAAGUGGGAGGAAGAGCACAAGGAGGAGAUUAUGGAGCAGCAGAGACAACGGAUGGAGAAGCGUUACAGGGAGAGGGCCAAGAAGAACUGGAAACGGGCCAUGACCGACACUGUCCGGACGGCUGAGGAGAGAGGCGUCGAGUUGGCCAAUGGAGAGGAGCCGAUGUCCGAUAUCGAUUGGCCAGAUUCAGAUUCAGAGCUGGGCCAGAGCUGGAUUGAGCACGAUGAGGAGUAUCUUGGACCCCAGGAUGGGCAUCACGACCAGGAGAUGGAGGAUACCAGUUAG